AUGGUCUUUGACGAUCAUGAAGCAUCCUUUCCUCUAACUCCGGCACCAGCAAGUCCAUGUGUAUCUUCUUUUGAUAACAUACAGUCAUGCACUGUGUCACCUUUAGCUAUGCCAUCCUUUCCCAUUGAGACCUCCCCAAGCGACGUCAAGACAGAGCGGAAAUCGCUGCAUUUUUUCAUCUCAUGCUGUGGUGUAGACGGUCACUCACUCGUUCCAUCUACGCGCUCAGCGCAGACGUUUGUACGUGGUGCAUUUAAUAUGUUGAGUAAUGCUACGACUAUGAACAGUACCAAGUCACCGCGAGCUAAACCCCCAACAGAAGUCAAUGUGGAAGUUCGUGUCUUUCAAGAGACACCAAUUGCUGAUCUUCAAGCAGAUGAUUCUAUCCAUCUAAGUGCUGCCCCAGUAUUUUUAAACAGUAAAAUGACACACGAGAUGGACAGUACUUUUGGAGACUUUACUGAUGGAAUUACGGACAAAAGAACGCUUCCAAGUGAUGGAUUAAUCGUACCAAAGAGUGUUCAAAGUUAUUGGAGUGAACGUCAUAAAAGUCGUAAUCCUCGAUUUUCAGUGGGAUUUAGUACUGAAUGCAAUAAUUUGGCAGAAUACGAUCGACAUGUUCAAAUUAUGGUCAUGAUCCCGGAUGAAGGCACGUCAUCGAAUCGAAACAGUCAAUUGUUUGGCUAUGCCUUGACAUCAUUUCGGGAAAUGUAUGCUGUAGCUACGAACGGAAACUAUAAGCAACAAAUGACGCUGCCAGUGCAUUCAAGAGUGCUGGAUGGAGCAACGGUCACACUGCGAUUUGCUAACAUUCAGCAGCAGCAACAUCCACUCUUUGCGGCACACCACAAUUUGUGUAAAAUUUUUGUCUUUUACCCGUUGAUGAAAGAAAAGCACGUAGAGAUGCAAGUUGCGAAUGCAAAACUGGUCGUCGAAGAAGCGGCUGAAGUAGACUUUAGUGUCAAGAUCCCGUUGCAAUUGCUGCGGCUGUGCCAGCGUGAAUUGUUGCAGUUGUACAAAAUCUGGAAAUUGCGCUACAAUUACACUCGCAAAAAGCACCGUUACUUUUUUAACGACGCAGAGGCGCUUAGCUUUGGAUAUGACGUAUUUCGAGUUCAAGUUGUAUGUGGACGUGGAUUGAAGAUAAGAUCACGUACCACUGCGGCCGCAGCGACUGCCGAAGCUGAAAUGAUAACAGACCUGAAUGUACGCUCGUCGCGUUCAUCAAGCUUUACAAUAGGAAUGGCUGGAGGACGAGGAGGAUUCGUUAAUCGAAUGAAAUCUGGAAAAUGGGGAAAUAACGGAUCAUCUUCAUUUGGUAACCAUGACCCUGACACCACGGACGCUGGAGGUGAAACUAUCCAUAGUGUUCAUCCUUUCGUCGUGGUUAAGUUUGAAGAUGGCGUGCAUGGAAACCACGAGUACACUGUAGGAAAAACUAACACAGAGUAUGAUUCGCCUAAUCCCGUGUGGUCAACAAAUAAGUUUGCUGGCACUAAAUGCCCACAUGGUAAGCCGAACACUAAGUUUUAUGUGUCGCAGACAAUGAAGAGCCGCGUAGUUGUGUCUCCCGUAAAUGCGCUGAAGGAAUUUGUGUUUUAUCGAUCAAAUGUGCCUGGCCCGCCAUUGACAGGAUGGUUGCGUUUUCAAGUAUUUAAUGAGCAUUAUGGUUACCUCUGUGGUAUUGAAAACGAUUUGAUUGGUGAAGUGAUGAUUCCAUUGCAAAGCGUUCGAGAAGUCAUGGUAGUAGAAGAUAAAACUGUAUUUGACGAUGAUGACGGUACUGAAGGCAACACAGGUGGUAAUUACGAGAUGAAAGCAUGCCAAAUUGUGACAUCCUUGACUCUUGUUGACUGGUUUGAUGUCCGAUCACCUUUGACCGAUGAGAUAUUUGGACAAAUUCAACUUCGCAUUAAUAUUUUACUGGCAAACCCUCUGGAGCCUCCGAGCGAUGACCUUUUGGAUCAUGUACCAGAACCAUCUUCAGUUCUUCCAAGAAGAUAUAGGCGUGUUGCUGACUGCUCGCCUCCACCUGGUGAUAGUAUUCUUGAGAGCGAGAUUCCUUUGAAUUUCUUAUAUCCGCAUGUACUCAAUCUUCGGAAACAGGUAGCUGAGAUCACCGAUAUGUGUCGGCUAACUGAACACAUGGUUGAAGAGAAGAAAACUUUCAAGUCAAGUUUGCACAAAAAGCAUGCUGACAUUCAAGCGAUACCGACAAACUUGCACGUAUCAUAUUUACGCAUCUUUCGUUACUUCGGGGGUGCUCAGUCUGUACAGUACCCGCAAAUGGAUGCACAAACAGCAACUAAAGAUUUGCUUGGUUUAGACGAUUGUGGUGCAUUAUCUGUUACGCGGGGUUCUUCAUCGAUACAAGAACGCAUGAUGGGUCCAGAAACACAUGCAACUGUAACUUGUGGUGCUCCGACUGCACAUGCGAGGGGUUUUAGUGAUUGCGGUUUGCGGGAAAUGGAGCUUGAGAUGCACAACUUCGAAUCUAUUCUAGAGAAAAGCGCCCCGCUACUAAAGGUUGGUGCGGACAGUGACGACAACAGUUUUAUUCGGGAAGACUUGACUGGCUUUUUCUACCCUCCGUGUGAAGAUGAAAGCGAGGUGGAAGUCGAAGACGACGUUCGUAGCACCGGAAGCGGUGCUCCUUCGGAUGAUGUGCGUCUUUCAGAUGGGCCUGAUUUGUGUGAUUUAAGUAGCCCUAUAUCUGCCUCUGAAACCCCAAUCAAACCUGUACAAAAGAAAAAGGCCUCGAAGUACUCGAUAAUGGCUCGUAAAGCCGCAACAGCUCGAGCUAGGGCACUGUCAAGCCAUAGAUUUGCAAACAAGAAGAGCUCUCGGCAGUUACAGAAGAAGAAGAGCAACGAGAAAACUGUUGUAGAUGCAAAAUACCCUUCCCUUUGUAUCGAGCUAACAGAGGGUGUUGACGCAACAACUUCCAUGCACUAUGCUGUCCGAAUUUUAUGUCGUCUGGAAAUGCUGCGUGCUGAAUACUAUUUGAGAAAGAGUGUAGCUGUUUCUCAAUCUGUAAGUAGUCUUGUCACCUGCUUCAUGGCGGAGCUAGAUUUAUGCCUCCAGGAGCGGAAUGAAAAGGUUCUGGAUCAAAUGGCAAAGGUCGGUUUUUUAAUCGGAUGGGAGAGCCUCAUCUCGUCGCACGGAAAGGAAUUGUACAUGCUUUCUGACGCUUGGGUUGCCAUCAAAUGUUUAGAGACGUUUUCGUUUCAGCUCUGUGAGGGAGCUGCCAUGGAAGUGUUGAUUGAAGAGCAAGAGGACGUGGGCUACAUUAUUAGAGUCGUAGUCCCUUCGGUUCAGUUUUCGCUACUUCCCGAAGUUUUAAGGCUUGGUGGAUUAAUAAGUGUCACGGCGGUGUUAUUUACGCAAGGUAUUAAUGAAAUGCAGAGUUUAGCGAACAUGGUGGGACAUUCAGGAGUAUCAAUUCAGCACAAAAUUAACAGCACGAGCUUUUGCACCAUGUCAGUAUAUUACAAUCGUCUUACUGAAAUGUGUGGCAUUGGGAUGUCCGAAGUGAGUGUAGGCUCUCACCCCGACGAGAUCUUGCGUAACUUGCGCAUGAGCGUGGAGAGCGAAAAUUCUGCCUCCAAAAAUACGUGUAUAUUGCUGCAUGCCGCCGAUGCUGUGCGUAGUCUCAAUGGCGGCCGGGUCACGUAUUGCAAGUCCGGCAAAGAUCGGACGGCGAUGAGCACAACACUUGAACAGGCUAGGCUAUUGGUCCAACGGAAACGCCACGUGCUCCAAGAGAUUGAAUCAGGAAGCACUACAGAGUACGGGCCGCUCGAAGAAGUGAAGCAAGUGGCCAAUAUGAUGCGAGAGUUUGGUGUCCGCAUCCACAUUGCCAAGAAGAAUGUCGGCCGUUUUAAGUACUCGUUCAACUCACUGCAACGAAAGUUGCUACCGGAGAUAUACCGGCCACCUAUGUCCACGAUUCAGGACAUGGUAACGUCCGUCACUGCGCGGGAUUCUUAG